AUGAAAAUGCCACUUAGCCAGCAGAAAGGCUUCUUUGCCGAGUACUACCUCAAGCUGAGGGAAGCGGGCGGCGCCAGCUGCGAGCCGGACAUCGCCAAAUUGUCAACAUGUGGCAACGACGACGAGCGCGUGGCCUACGUGGACCAGCUGGCCUGGGUGCGUGCGGGGGAUGCGGAGCUGCAAGUGCAGCGCGAGUUCAGCGGAAAAAAUGCAACCGCCGCCGCGGAGCUGAAGGAACGUGCCACGGCCGCCUUCAAGCAGAAGAAGUGGCUGGAGGCCAUGUUGCUCUACAGCCGGAGCUAUGUAGCGCUGCCGACUGACAAGGUCCAGGAGCGUUCCAUUGCGCUGGCCAAUCGCUCGGCCACGCUGUACCACAUGCAGAAGCACAGCGAGUGCCUGGUGGAUAUCAGACGCGCCCUGGAGCUGGAGUAUCCCAAGGAGCUCAUCUACAAGCUGUACGAGCGCCAGGCUCGCUGUUACAUGGCUCUGAAGGACUAUCCACGCACGAUCAGCGCCUUCAAAAAGUGCAUCACUGCCAUGGACGAUUCUGCGCUGCCCGCCGACAGACGCUCCAAGCUGCAUCUGGAUGCCAUGACCAUGAUCAAGAUGCUGGAGCACGAUCCGCGCACGGGCAAGCAAGCAGCCAGGCAGGCAAAGCUGAAGAACGCCAACGUCUUGGAGCAGGCACAAACGUUGCCGGAGGAAAAGGAAUUUGUCAGCUCCCUGGUGCGCAUCGAUCAGAACGCGCAGGAGGGACGAUUCGCUCGCGCCGCUGCCGAUGUUCAGGUGGGGCAGGAGCUGCUAGUGGAGCAUCCUUAUGUCGCCGUGCUGCUCGAGAAAUUCGCCCAGACUCAUUGCGAAUAUUGCUUUGUCCGAACCGUGGUGCCAGUGGCCUGUCCGGGCUGCUCGGAUGUCGUCUACUGCUCGGAGCAGUGCCAGGAGCGUGCUUCGGCCAAGUACCACAAGUACGAGUGCGGCAUAUUGCCGGUGAUUUGGCGAUCCGGAGCCUCCGUCAACAAUCACAUGGCUCUGCGCAUCAUUGCCAGUAAGCCGCUGGACUACUUUCUGCAGCUGAAGUCGACCCUUGACGAGGAGCUGAUGCUGGAGCAGCUUUUGGGCCUGCCCAAGGACGACUUUCGGCGCGUGGCCCACUUGGAGCGCCAUGAGAGGCAGCGGCAGCCGUCGAACUUCUUUCAGUAUGUGCUGAUGGCGCGCUUUCUGACCAAGUGCCUGCAGUCGGCGGGCUACUUCGGCAGCGAGCCGCAGCCGGAGCAGGUGAGCGCCAUUAGCGCGCUGCUGCUGCGGAGUCUGCAGUUCAUUCAGUUCAACACCCACGAGGUGGCCGAGCUGCACAAGUUCCAGGCCGAAGGCAGGGAGAAAUCCAUCUUCAUUGGCGGAGCCAUAUACCCGACGCUGGCGCUGUUCAAUCACUCCUGCGACCCGGGCGUGGUCAGGUACUUUCGGGGCACCACCAUCCACAUCAACAGCGUGCGGCCCAUCGAGGCGGGCCUGCCCAUUAACGAGAACUACGGACCCAUCUACACGCAGGACAGGCGCGAAGACCGUCAGGCCAGGCUAAAGGAUCUCUAUUGGUUCGAGUGCAACUGCGACGCCUGUCUGGAAAGCUGGCCGCUGUUCGACGAGCUGCCCAGGGACAUUAUACGCUUCCGUUGCGAGGCGCCCAACAACUGUGCGGCCAUCAUUGAGGUGCCGCCCACCUGCAACGAUUUCAUGAUCAAGUGCGUCACCUGCGGCGAGAUCACCAACAUCCUGAAGGGUCUCAAGGUCAUGCAGGACACCGAAAUGAUGACGCGCACCGCCAAGCGGCUCUACGAUACCGGCGACUACUCGAAGGCGCUCAACAAAUUCGUGGACCUCCUGCGGAUCAUGUACGAGGUGUUGGCACCUCCAUUCCCCGACUUCUGCGAGUGCCAGCAGCAUUUGAAGGAUUGUUUCCUCAACCUGGGCAAUGUCUACAAUCUGAACUAACCCUACUUUAAGUCAGAUCAUA